AUGCCUCCCAAGAAAGAUGUUCCUGUGAAGAAACCAGCGGGCCCUGCUACCUCAAAGCCCGUUGCGAAGCCAGCAUCCGGGGCCCUUCCAGCCAAGGCCAAAGCUGAGCCAGCUGCCUCUCCAGCUCCUGAAAAACCCCAGGAACCCCCCCUUGAUCUCUCCAAAGUGGUGAUCGAGUUUAACAAGGACCAACUGGAGGAGUUCAAGGAAGCCUUUGAGCUGUUUGACCGAGUAGGUGAUGGCAAGAUCCUGUACAGUCAGUGUGGGGAUGUGAUGAGGGCCCUGGGCCAGAACCCCACCAACGCCGAAGUGCUUAAAGUCCUGGGGAACCCCAAGAGUGAUGAGUUAAAGUCCCGGCGUGUGGACUUUGAGACUUUCCUGCCCAUGCUUCAGGCAGUGGCCAAGAACCGGGACCAAGGAACAUAUGAGGACUACUUGGAAGGGCUUCGGGUGUUUGACAAGGAGGGAAAUGGCAAAGUCAUGGGAGCAGAGCUCAGACAUGUCCUCACUACGCUGGGAGAGAAGAUGACUGAGGAGGAGGUGGAGACUGUCCUGGCAGGACAUGAGGACAGCAAUGGCUGCAUCAACUAUGAAGCCUUCCUGAAACACAUCCUAAGCGUCUGA